GUUCCCUCAGCGCCUUGCGGCCCCGCCUCGCGUUGCUCGGCGGCCCCAUCGACCAGGAGCCGUCAGUUGCAUCGCAGCAUUGAAGAACCUCCUGGCGUCUCUCUGCGGAGCCGGCGACCCGCCCCACGUUCCCGUUCUCCCAACCCCCCCCCCAGGCGCGGCCGAGUGUUUGCGGCCAGGCGAGGCCGGGCGGGAGGGGCAGGUGCGAGCCGAAGAUGGCGUUCCCCGGGCAGCCGGCGCCCGGCGGCGGUUACUACCAGGGCGGGUAUGGAGCUGCUCCAGGAGGCCCAGCGUUCCCUGGACAGGCUCAGGAUCCUCUGUACGGUUAUUUUGCUACAGUAGCUGGACAGCUUUCAACUUGGAGACUUGCAGACUCAUGAUCUCAAUGCUGGACAGGGAUAUGUCCGGCACACUGGGAUUUAAUGAGUUUAAGGAACUGUGGGCUGUGGUCAAUGGCUGGAAGCAGCACUUUGUAAGUUUUGACAGCGAUAGCAGUGGGACGGUGGAUCGCCCAGAACUGGAGAAAGCCUUGACAACUAUGGGAUUUAGAUUGAGCCCGCAGGCAGUGUCUGCCAUCACCAGGCGAUACAGCACUCAUGGAAAGAUUACUUUUGACGAUUACAUCGCCUGCUGUGUGAAACUCAGAGCUCUCACUGAAUGUUUUAGAAGAAGGGACGCAUCUCAGCAGGGUUUUGUGAAUUUCCAGUACGAUGAUUUCAUUCAGUGUGUUAUGAGCAUCUAAAUCAAAAGGGAAAGUGUGGAUCACAAUUAUCAUUCCAGUUCGUGCUUUGCUUUGCCAAAUUAUUCCAUGACUGUGUGCCUCAAUAUUGGAAAUUAUGUACUUUCUGAAGGUAUUGCUUGGCAUACUUGUUCAGUUUUGAUAAUGAAUAUAAACUAAUCAUGCACUGUUAUGUGUAACUUUCAACCUGUGACUAUUAAAGAUUUUUUAUUUUCAUGAACUUCUAAGACACAAUGUGUAACAAAGAUUACGGACGUAUUAUGUUUUUCUGUGUUUAUUUUU